AUGAGUGACCUCGACCAGGCAAUUGCCCAGCUGCGGGCAUGCCGCCCCAUCCCGGAGGAGCAGGUGCGCGAGCUCUGCCACAAGGCGCGCGAGCUUUUGAUUGAGGAAGGCAAUGUGGUGACAGUGACGGCGCCGGUGACGAUAUGCGGCGACAUCCAUGGCCAGUUCCACGAUCUCAUGGAGCUCUUCCGAGUCGGAGGCGACGUGCCCGACACCAACUACCUAUUCAUGGGCGACUUUGUCGACCGCGGAUUCUACUCGAUUGAGACCUUUCUCCUCCUGCUCUGUCUCAAGGUUCGGUAUCCAGACCGGAUGACGCUGAUACGCGGGAACCACGAGUCGCGGCAGAUAACGACGGUGUACGGCUUCUACGACGAGUGUCUGCGCAAAUACGGCAGCGCCAAUGUGUGGCGAUACUGCUGCGACGUGUUCGACUAUCUGGCGCUGGGCGCCAUUGUGCUGGGCACGUCCAACAUGUUGGGCCCGCCCAACGACUCGGUCAACGCGCAGGACUACAUUAACCAGCAGGUCGAGAUUGAGGUCUGUAACUCGGACGGCGAGAUCGUCAGUCGGUUCACGCGCCGGCCGCGGGGCGGUCCUGGCAGUCGCGGCUCCGGCCUGACAGCCCACCAGCAACUGCGGCGACAGUUGGCAUCGUCGGGCCAGAACGGCAUGCUCUUGUCAGCCGACGGCGACAUCUCGAUGGGUGGCGGCAGCAACGGCUACGGCCAUGGCAGCAACGGGCUCGGGCUCGGGCUUGGACUCGGAAAGGAGAACGGCAACAGCGGUGGCAGCGGAGCCGGAGACGGCGGCCUGACCGGUCCACCAGGAUCGGGGGCCUCGGGAUCGAGCGGCGGGUCGGCGGGCAAUCCGGCAGGCGCGGUACUCUGCGUGCAUGGCGGGCUCAGUCCCCUGAUCGACACGGUCGAUAAGAUCCGGCUGCUCGACCGCAAGCAGGAGGUGCCGCACGAGGGAGCCAUGUGCGAUCUGCUCUGGUCAGACCCCGACGAUAUUGACGGUUGGGGCCUGUCGCCGCGCGGAGCCGGCUUCCUGUUCGGGGCCAAUAUCGUCAAGGCGUUCAACUACCGCAACGACCUCAGCCUGGUCGCCCGCGCGCACCAGCUGGUCAUGGAGGGCUUCAAGGAGAUGUUUGACGCUACCAUUGUGACCGUCUGGUCGGCGCCCAACUACUGCUACCGCUGCGGGAACAUUGCCGCGCUGCUAGAGCUGUCCGAGGACACGGCCGGCUUCGGCAGCUUCUCGCGCAGCAACGGAGACGCCAACCGCAGUUCGCAAGGCGCCCAGCGCACCUCGCUCGAGGAUACACAGCCCUGGCUGGACAGCGGCCCCGGUCGUCGCUACCGUGUCUUUGCUGCCGCGCCCCAGGACUCCCGCGGCAUGCCAGCCAAGAAGCCCGUGGCCGACUACUUUCUCUGA